AUGUCUACUGAAUCAAGUUGGGUUCAAAAUUCGACUGAUGAAGAUUUGAGUGAUGAUUUUUUAUUUACAGAAGAUGAUUUGGAUGCGUCUAUUGGUGAUCGACUAAUGCUUAGUUAUUUUGUUGCCAAUAAACGAGUUUUUAUUGACAGGACACCUUGUAGAACAUCAUUGCUUACUGGAAAAAUGUACAUGCUUGAAAUUUUAAAUGGACAUCCAGACGUGUGUCAUCGUAAUUUUCGGAUGCAGAAACAUGUUUUCAUAAAUUUUUGUGACACUUUGAAACAUAAAGGGCUGUUGACAGAUGGGAAAAAAGUUAGUGUCGAGGAGGGUGUUGCUAUGUUUUUGAUGAUUGUAGGGCACACUACAAGAUAUAGUAUUAUUGGCGAUAGAUUUCAGCAUUCCAACAACACAAUCCAUAAAUGGUUUAAGCGUGUUUUACGAGCUGUUUGUUCAUUAGGCACAGAGAUAAUCUCCCCUACUAAUCAAAAUGGACCUCACGAGCGUCUCUUGCGCAAAUAUCCUUUCUUUAAGAAUUGUAUAGGUGCAAUAGAUGGAAUGCAUGUUGCAGCUUGGGUACCUGCAUCACGACAAACAUCUUUUCGUGGAAGAAAGACUAAUGUAACACAAAAUGUGAUGUUGGCAUGCAAUUUUGAUAUGAAAUUUAUAUUUGUGCAUGCUGGAUGGGAAGAUCAAUUUUAUCUUGUUGAUUCUGGCUAUCCAAACAUGCCUGGAUUUCUUGCCCCUUAUCGAGGUCGAAGAUAUCAUCUGCGUGAUUAUCUUGGACGAGGAGGACCACGUGGAAAGGAAGAGUUGUUCAAUUAUAAACAUUUCUCGUGUCGGAACAUAAUUGAACGUUGCAUUGGAGUGUUGAAGGAGGACUUUUUAGACAGGUUAUUUACUGAAUAUUCAGUAGAUAAUAUGGUAUUUGAUGAUAUGUCGGAAUCAAACCAAGAUCGGGAAGCCAUACAUUUUGAUACUAGUCAAACAGCUCAAAUAGGAGAAGUUAGAGAUCAAAUUGCCACACAAAUGUGGAAUCAGUAUCAAGGGACUCGUACAUGA